ACACCCCUGAAUCUAGAGCCUUUUGAAAUCUCUGUUUCGGGCAGAACAAAACACACGUUGCUCAACUCGUCAGUAGUCUACGAAACACAACGAAUCUAUCAUCUUAAAAAUUGAUAUAAAUUUUGUUUAAAAUUUGUUUUAUUUCUGAGAGCUCUCGGAAUGGCUUUUCAGGCACGUCGGGACAAGAUGGGCAAGGUGGUCGAUCGUCAGGAUCUGUCGGGCCUUCAUCAAAAUUUGCACGAGAUGAGCGAUGAGGAUUCGAUUGUUGGCUCCAAUCGCAGUAGUGCACCCACUGUUCGGUUUUUGGGACGGAAGAAGGUUGUAAUGGACGCCGAAACGAAUUCAGACGAAGAACAGGACACGGACACAUCGUCGCAUACUAUGGUGGGGCAUCACAAGGCUAGUGAUUCUGAUAAGUUCCUCGACGGCGAUAGCGAUUCUAUUUUGAAGUUCUGCCAGGAGCUGGAGGAAGAGGAAAGCAGAGUGAGGUUGGCGGGACUAACCCUCGACGCUGACGACGUUGACUCCCUACAGAAUUGCUACAAGGAUUCACCAAGACCGAACGUCGAAGGGGGCCUGGAGGAGGAUUCGCAGAGUGUAUGUUCGUGCGAGAGCGGCUCCUUUGGACGGGCCGAGUCCAUUGGCGAUUUCAGUGACAUAUUGAAACCCACCUUUAUUCCGGGAAAGCACAUAUUUAUUGACAGACUGCAAAUUCGCAACUCCCAUAUAGAUGCAGACAGUGCGAGCCUGAGCUCGUACAACAGCUGUAGCCUGGGAUCGGACAGUGGCAGGAGCUACAUCCAAAGGAAUGCAACGGAGGAGGACAUGCGGCUCCUUGAGGCCAGCUCAGGUCGCGAGCUGAUGACCAGUCGCACCUACAACAUGGAAACCUCCUCGCAGUCAACCUGCAGCUGGAAUCGUGCCUAUGGCCCAGCGUUUCAGGCAUCGGAGGGGCGAAGCAACUAUUUGCCGAGUCUGAGUUUGGUCAGCAGCCACUCGGACUGCUCCACCUUCUACAAGAGCCUCGAGGAGUCGAAGGAGCGCAAUAGCCUGAAAUUUGAGAAAUGGAAGCAGCUUAAAGCGGACCAAAUGCAGAAGAAGCUCCUGGCCGCUAAGCGGGAGCGAGAGCAGCGCGAAAGGGAAAUGGCCGAGCGGGCCGAGAAAUCAAAGAAAAAAUACGACGAGUGGUGCCUCCGCAAGGAGCAGCAAAAACUGCGCGAGAAAAAAAGGCUGUUGCAGGUCAGUGAGACGACCCGCAGCGGGUCACAGCGGCCCGUGUCCCUUCGGAAGGAGAGCCCAGAAGAGGUCAAGGAGCGAAUCAAGGAAUGGGAACGCCGCAAGAUGGAGCAACAGCAGCGGGAGCGCGAUCGUCUUCGCCGCGAGCGCGAACAUCGGGAGGAGGAGGAGAAGAAGCGCAUCGAGCUGGCCGAGGCCGCUUAUACAAAAUGGAUGGAGACCAUUCAGUCGCGUCCCAUGCCCGUGCCCCUCAACCAGGGGUUCGCGACGCUGCGGGGCACUGUGUCGGACAUCUUCAUUAAUCCGAACAAGUGGGAAUCCAGCACUGAUCCCACGGAAGACGAUCGUUGCCUUUAAGGAUCCGUCCCAAAAGAUUCAUCAUUUUUGAGUUCUCUUUUAUAUUUUUCCUUUGAACCCUUAAACUACAAAUACAAAAAAACAAAAAUGAAUAAAGCCA